GUUACCUAGCUACCUCUGUUUCCUUAGACAGUCCGGAGUUGGUGGAGUCCUCAUCCAGUUGCGGGCUAUCAAGAGGGCCGCAAUGGAUCUAGAGCGGGGCUCAGUAGCCCCUCGGGAUGUAGAUAAUACAGCCAAGAAGGAAGUUCAGCUGCGGGUAAACCCGUUGGAGCUGAAGUUCCAGGAUGCAGUAUCUGGGAAAGUGUACCGCCUCCCACUUACAGUACACAAUUUGGGCCGUUGGAAUCAGAAGAUCAGGUUUCAAGAGCCAUCGAAGCCACAGUUCAAAUUGUUGUUGACCAGUCUAGAUAAGGAGCUAGCUUCUGGCCUUCAGAUGACAGCAAUGGUGGAAUAUCAUCCUAAUAAAGAUGAAGACACGUUUGAUCAUAUCUUUAUUUCUGUAGGAAAUAAAGUCCUGGAUAUUCCUCUAAUUGGGCUGAUUCCAGUCUGUCGACUGGAAAUUGUUCCAGUAGUUGAUUUUGGCACAUUGGUUGCCAAUAGUAAAGUGCAUUGUAAAGAGAUUACUAUUACUAACCGUGGCAAAGCUCCAGGGAUGUUUAAAACAGAUUACCAGGGUCAGUUACCUAUUGUCAUUUCUCCAAGUAGUGGUGUUGUAAAGGCUAAAUCAUCAAUGGUCAUCAAAGUGGAUUUCUGUGCAGACCAGGCCCGAACUGUAAAUGAAGUGGCAAGAGUGAGUUUGCAAGGUCGUCCUGAAACAUUCUUGAACAUCAAAGUGCGUGUAGUUGAACAGAUAAUCGAAUUGUUUCACAUGAAUAGUGAAAGGAAAUUGGAAUGUAUACGGUUUGGUUCUGUGUUCUUUGGAACAUCAAAAAUUGAGCAUGCUCUUCUGUAUAACAAUAGCCCUGAAACUGUAAACUGGGUGGCAAUAAUGCAAGAUGAUUGUGUUGGAGAAGAGCUGGGAGCAAAUAUUCAUCAAAGGACAGAUAUUGCCUUAAAUAACCUUUCCUACUUAAACAAAAUAAAGAAAAUAGAUAUGACCGAUUUUAUGUCCUGCGUUCCCAAUGAAGGGUCAUUACUCCCUUAUCAAAAGAUUGUCAUUACAUUUUGUUUCAGCCCAAAGCUAGUAGUUGAUAUUAAAAAGGAUGUUGGACCUUCACAUAGGCAAGACUAUGCUCUCUUUGUGAGAUUUGAUUUUGUGGGAAGUAAAGAAGGAUUUUUGAGAGAUGAUAACUCUGACACCAUGAAAAGUAAUCGACUUCAGAAAGUGGAGUUAGCACUGACAGGGUCUGGACUUCCUGUCAUAUUACAGUUUGAUCCAGGAAAGUAACUUUAUUUUGCACCUUGUCAUAUGGGUGAAUAUUCUGAUAUUCUGUGCAGUAAAAAUCAGUCCAUAUCACUUCCUGUGAUGUACCAUUUUCAAAAAACUGCACACUUUAAAAUGGAUCCUGAAAGGGGCAAAAUUGAUGAAGGAUGUAUUCAGAAUGUGAUAUGCUCAUUCGUUCCACAUCAAAUUGGAGUAUUUAGAGUAAAGCAAGUGAUCGAGAUCAUUGGACCAGUGGCAGAUGAUAAUUUACAGUCUUUGUCAAUGAAACCUUUUCAUUAUAUACAUUUAGAAUUCAACAGUACUUGCAAAGCUUACACUAAGAAAGUUGGGGUGAAAAUUAAUCCUGGUAUAUCACCCUUGGUCAGUAAUCCCACAAAACACUUUGUGGCCAAAGAUUCAGAGAAAAAGGAAGAUCUUCUACCUGUUGCUGCAAUGCUCCGGUCAACAGCAACGAACCUUCAUAAUCAUUGUUCAAAUGAUGAGUCAAUGAAGAAUGCACUGAUUGCUUUUCCUAAUGAUAGAGCUGCAAGUAUCAGAUGUGGAGACCACCAUGAGCAUUUCAGAACAAUUUUCACAAAGAUGCCAAGGUAUGAUUAUACAGAUCCUGAUUAUGAAUACACUGAUUUGGAAAAACUGGAAAGAAAAGCACAUCGAGAUUACUACACAAACUAUAUUAACAAUUUAAGAACUGUACGCCUACACAAAGAAGCACUGAGGGAACGCAAGUUACUAGUUAACGAAGUAGAUAUUGGCAUGCAGCCAUCAUCUGGUCUAAGGUCACCAUCACUAUCUCAAUCAGAAAUAGAAGAAAUACCUUCUUCUUCAAAAACUUCUGUCAAAGCUAAAAGAUUGUUGAGCACCAAGAAAAUAGCAUCCAGAGAGUCAGAAUCUCUGCAGAGAAAGAUCAGCAGAGGGCUUAAAUCGAAGCCAACUACUCACCAAGAAAAACAUGACUGCAGCAAAGUUUUGACACCAAAGCAAAUUCAUCAAGUAAUAGUUGGACCAUCUGUCCUUAAUUUUGGUAAUGUUUGUGUGAAAUCUACAAAUACUCAGCUACUUCAUAUUGUUAAUAUGUUGCCCAUGUAUAUAUUGAUCCAGUUAGAUAUUGAUUUGGAAGAACUUCAGAAAACCAACCAAUUUUCAUACGUGGUCCCACCUACAUCUAGUACAUAUAUUUCGAUGGUAUUUGAAUCUUCCACCCAUGGAAAGUUUUGGAAAUCAUUCACCUUUAAAAUUAAUAACAUAACUGGUGGACACAUCCUAGUUAUGGCUGUCAUCCUUCCUGUAAAACUUGAGCUGUCUUCUAAUGAGAUUGUUUUGAGACCACAAUCCUUCUUGUUGAAAACAUGUUUUCGUGGUACAGUUAGGCUAUAUAAUCAUCUGAAUUGUCCUGCUGAAUUUGAAUGGAAACCAGUAACUACACUGAGAGGAAUUGCAUUUACUAUUCGUCCAGCCAAAGGCAUUGUUGAUCCCUAUUGCUCAUUGGAAUGUGAAGUUAACUGGCUGCCAGGUUUUAGUUCUCCAGACAGGGGAGAAUUUUUGCUACAAGUCUCUGGAGGAAAUACUUUGACACUGAAGUGUAUUGCACAUGUUGGUCACACUAGAGUCACAUUUUUAGAGCCGAGAAUACUGUUCAGUAAUUGUUCUCAAGGUUUAACUACUUGGAGGAAAGCCGUUCUUCAUAACAUAGGGCAAAACCAUGCUUAUUUCAAGGUUUGUGAUCAAAGCCUUUUGUCUACCAUUAAUAUUGUUCCAUCAGAAGGAAUGAUUCCAUUUGGGGGAAUAACUGUUCUUAACAUCUCCUGUACACCCACUGUAGCAGAAAAGUUUGAUACAAGAGCAAAGGUUGCUAUUCACCAUGCAAAUGUCAUAGAUCUUAGGAUUGGUGGAUCUGUUGAAAUUGCUGAUGUUGAAAUCACACCUAACACAUUUAAUUUCAGCGGUACCUAUGUUGGCACUACAGAAAUUAUUACAUUUGUAAUAAGAAACAAAGGUGUGACACGUGCCAAAGUUGAGUUCAAUUUAAAAGAAUUUCCACUUUUCGCAAUGGAUUUUAAGGGAAAUGCAGACAGCAAGAAGAAAGAGUACUACACUGGUGAUCUAGCAGGAGAUGAAAUCGUGGACAACAAGGCAACUAAUAAGUACUAUGGUGGCAAAGCAAUGGAGCUGUUGCCAGAACUCCAGGUGGAGGCUCUAAGGGAGAAGGAUAUAUAUUUGACUUUGUAG